CGUAGAUUAUUACGAGUGUUGAGAUUUCUAGCAGCAAUGCUUGGCCUGGAUUGGUUAAAUUUCUUAUAUACAAUCCAUACACUGUUUCAUACGAAUGUUUUUGUUCAUUCAAAAUCCAUAUGUAAAAUGAAAAGCACUUAACAGAUAAUAAUUGUUUAUUUUUCAUUUUCUCCAUAGAAUCGUUAUUUAAAUUAAAAUCGAAAUAAUGCCUCGCUUACUCCAAGUGAUAUGCGUUUUAUUAUUGUGGAAAAUUAUCAUCUCAUCCUUAAGCUGGUCUUUUGUUUUUCUUCAGUUUUGGAAGGGUAACGAGAAUACAUGUACAUACGAGCAAUUGAGAUUUGUUGUGUUGUACUUGCACGCACUCGCGCGCAUACCAAGAACUUAUAUACAGCUGUUAGCGACUAAAUUAUGAGAACGAGCACCGGCACCAAGAAACAACGUAAACGAUGAAAAAAUGUAGACGGCGACAGUUUUUCCAACGCAGUCGUGGCUACAAGACACUGGACCACAGGCCGCUGAUAGCGUGAUCAUCGUAACAAAUCGUCAUACAUUUUAAUAAAUUGUAAUAAAUCGCAAUCAUGGAAUCGACAGAUGGGUCCGAUAAUUUUGUCAUCAACCGGUCAAGUGGCGAGGGCCGUCAUUCAAUGACGCGAGGACGUUUCAAAUUUCGAGCCGCGAGCUACGAUUGGCGACUCAAAUGGAAGACCCUGGCCGUGACACAAGCGAGAACAGGUAUCGAGGCACGUCUCCAGGAUGAAAUGCCCAACGCCAGCCUCAAGCAUCGCAAGUGGCUCUCCCUGCAGAUGGCUUACUAUCCGGGUAAGACCGGACGGGGUCCUUUCACGCCUGUGGAGCCGAGGCUGAGCGUACCCUCGCCGGCUCGACCCGAUUUCAGCAGCCCCAGCCGCAGCAUCGGCGCUUCCGAGGCCUCCGGCGCCACCUCGCCCUGCUAUCUCUUCAAGGACUUGCCUCGUGAUUCUACGAGUAAAACUUCCUCCAGCUCCUCGGGUUCGCUAAGAGUCAGUGGCUUUGCGGGCACUUCGACGCCUAGGGAUCCGCAUCUGGCUCACGGUCAACAUCGCCACCCACCACCCUUCGGCUUUUCAAAAUUGAGUUUCGGAUCUGCCGAUGGAUUCUCGAGAUACGAAAUGUCAAGCUCAGAAAACUCAACUGAAAUGUGAUGAGCUACGGAUUCAGUAGUAUCUACAACUAACAUGAUAAGAC